AUGAUUGCCAAGGCGACGCCCGCACUGAACACGGUGCGCGGCUUCCAAAACACCCCCGUCACCUCCGGCGACGAGGACUCCGACUACGGCGCCUGUGCUACCCCGCCCAUGUCCGUCAAGUCGAAGCGGGCCGGUCGCCCCGCCCGCCUUGAAGACGUCGUGAGCGCGAACUGCAGCCCCAUCAUGCGCGGAGCCUCCUCCCCCGCCGUCUCUGGCAUCGCCAAGCUCCGUAUGCAGAUGGAGCCCCUCAGCCUCGAUGCUUCCUCUCGCACUAGCACUAUGAGCACUAUCGUAACCACCCGCAAUGGUGGCCACGGCGAGAACGGCUCCUCCAACGGCCUGGGCAUCCGUAGCGCCGCCAUGAGCCGCACUGGCAGCCACGACGGGACCCCAAGUGAGGCCGGCAGUGAGCGCUCCGAGGGCGGCUCCACGAGCUAUGAAAUCAACCUCACGCAUGACUACGUUGACGAGAGUGUUCGUGAGCGGACUGGGCAGAUCAUUCCGAUCGAGGGUGGUAACUCCCCCCAGCGCAAGAUGACGACCGACGACUUCGAGCCUCUCCGCUGCCUGGGCAAGGGCACUUAUGGUACUGUACUUUUGGUCAAGCAGCGCAACACCGGCCGGCUCUACGCCCAGAAGCAGUUUAAGAAGGCGUCUUUGACUGUCCACAAGAAGCUCAUCGAGCAGACCAAGACGGAACGCCAGAUCCUCGAGUCGGUCAACCGGCACCCCUUUGUUGUCAAGCUCUACUACGCCUUUCAAGACCAUGAAAAACUCUACUUGAUUUUGGAGUACGGCCAGGGCGGUGAACUCUUCACCCACCUGAGCACCGAAAAGAUGUUCGCCGAGCCUGUCGCUGCCUUCUACAUGGCAGAGAUGCUUCUCGCCAUCUCGCACUUGCACAGCACCUUGGGCGUUGUCUACCGUGACCUGAAGCCGGAGAACUGCCUGCUAGAUGCCGAGGGUCAUCUGCUGCUUACCGACUUCGGUCUGUCCAAGGUGGCUGUCGACCCCUCCGAGGACCACUGCAACUCGAUGCUGGGUACGGUUGAGUACAUGGCCCCUGAGGUCAUUCAGGGACAGAAGUAUGGAAAGGCGGUCGACUGGUGGUCGUUUGGCGCGCUUGGCUAUGAUCUGAUGACCGGAAACCCGCCUUUCCGUGGCGGCAACCACGCCAAGAUCCAGCAGAACAUUGUCAAGCAGAAGCUCGUCAUGCCCUAUUUCCUCAGUCCCGAUGCUAAGGACCUCUUGACGCGCCUGCUCAAGAAGGAUCCGAGCAAGCGCUUGGGAGCCAACAUGCCCAAGGACCUGCAGACCAUGAAGAACCACCGUUUCUUCCGCAAGAUUGACUGGAAGAAGCUGGCCGCCAGAGAGGUCGAACCUCCUAUUCAGCCGUUGAUCACUGACCCAGAGUUGGCCGAGAACUUCGCUCCCGAGUUUACCGACUUGUCCCUCAGCCCAGUUGUGACGUCCAAGGACCACUGGAACUCGCUCUCAGGAAAGGAGGACGACCCGUUCGGCGGCUUCAGUUUUGUUGCAUCCAGCAGCCUUCUGGAGAGUCAUGCCUUUAGAUAUACCACUGAGGUCUAG